UGUCGGGCAAUUGCAGGAGUAGCUGGUGCUAGAAGUAAUUUUUGGAAAUGGUUAGUGGGAGGUCAGCAAAUGGGGAAUUGGAUGCAUGCUUCAGAAGCCUCAUGCUUUCGAUCAGCAGCGGGAGGGGGCAGGCUGAAGGUGGUGGUGCAAUGCCAACCUUGUCAGGCUGGAAGGACCUUCCUAUUGAGCUGCUUCUGCGGAUCAUGUCGAUAAUUGGAGAUGACCGGAUGCUUGUCGUGGCAUCCGGUGUUUGCACUGGCUGGCGCGACGCGCUGGGAUGGGGGCUUACUAAUCUUUCCCUCUCACGGUGCCAGCAGAACAUGAAUAACUUAAUGAUAUCACUUGCUCACAAGUUCACGAAGCUUCAAGUUCUCACUCUUCGCCAGAACAUACCUCAGCUUGAAGACAGUGCAGUAGAGGCCGUUUCCAACUACUGUCAUGAUCUACGUGAGUUAGACCUUAGCAGAAGUUUUAGGCUUAGUGACCGUUCCUUGUAUGCAUUAGCCCGUGGCUGUCCUCAGCUUACAAAAUUAAACAUUAGUGGAUGUUCCAACUUCAGUGACACUGCCUUGACCUAUCUUACUUUCCACUGUAAAAAUUUUAAGUGCUUGAAUCUAUGUGGUUGUGGGAAGGCAGCAACCGACAGAGCUUUGCAGGCCAUAGCCCGUAAUUGCGGCCAGCUGCAAUCAUUGAACUUAGGUUGGUGUGAGGAUGUCACAGAUAAGGGAGUGACCAGCUUGGCAUCAGGGUGUCCUGAUCUCAGGGCUCUGGACUUGUGUGGUUGUGUUCUUAUAACAGAUGAGAGUGUGAUCGCUCUUGCCACUGGGUGUCCACACCUGCGAUCUUUAGGCUUGUACUACUGCCAGAACAUCACCGACCGAGCCAUGUACUCCCUCGCAAACAGCCGGGUCAAGAGCAAACGCAGGAGGUGGGACAGUGUGAGGAGCAGCAGCUCUAAGGAAGAAGACGGUCUCGCAAACCUGAACAUCAGCCAGUGCACGGCCCUGACACCCCCAGCGGUCCAGGCGGUCUGCGACUCCUUCCCGGCCCUCCACACUUGCCCUGGGAGGCACUCCCUGAUCAUCAGUGGCUGCCUCAGCCUGACGUCUGUCCACUGCGCCUGCGCCCUCCACCCGCACCGUGCUGGAAGAACCAUGGUGCCUAGCCACGCAUACUGAUGGUGUUUUGGGCGCUUGGUCCUGGUGAAUGCCCUAUUGCCUGGUGGAUGAUGAGGUGUUCCUUCCUGGCCUAGAGGAAGAAGCUGUGUGAAUAAACUCAGAACUCAAAUAAUGUACAGUAGGACUCUAUAUCUGUAGGAAUGAUAACCAUGGAGUGGAGAAUGGCUGGAGAGUUGCGUCUCCCCUGCCAUUCAGGCCACUGACUGCAAACUACUACAAAGAUGUGUGUGUGUGUGCUAUGUAGCGGACUUCUAUUAAGUGGCUUGUCUAUUUGUGACUUGUGAGCAGGGGAUUCAAUGUUUUGCCACUCUCUAGACCGGAGAUUUGAUGAUUUGCUAUCCCGAAUUCCUAAUUCACA